AGAAAAUUGCAAUAACUCAUUCGUGUAAUUGAAAAUUUUCGUUGAAGUUUAACAAUAUGUUCUGGAGUACACUUAUCACGUUAGCAUGUAUGGCUGCGUACGCGCAUGGUCACGGGAAAGUGAUAGAUCCUGUGAAUAGAGCCUCAUUGUGGCGUGUAUUCUCUGAUGAACCAGCUGACUUCAGUGAUGCAGGCCUCAACUGCGGGGGCUUCGGACACCAGUGGAGGUUCAAUAAGGGACGUUGUGGUGUUUGUGGAGAUCCUUACGACAGUCCACAACCCCGAGCACAUGAGUCUGGCGGCAAGUAUGGACAAGGGCGCAUCGUCGCCACAUACCAACAGGGUGACGUCAUCACUACUAAAAUCGACCUUAGUGCCAGUCACCUGGGUUACUGGGAAUUCAGACUAUGCGUAGACCCUGAAGACAAUACCCAAGAAUGCUAUGAUAGACAUGUUCUGGAGUUAAUUGAAGGAGGGACCAAGUACUAUCCUACGAAACCCGGGAUUUACACUGUGGAAUACCAUCUGCCUUCGAAUGUGGUCUGUGAGCACUGCGUGCUGCAGUGGAAGUACACGGCGGGUAACAACUGGGGCGUCUGCGCGGACGGCACGGGGGCCCUCGGCUGCGGGACCAGGAGAACUUCUUCUCCUGCUCAGAUAUCAGCAUCAGACCUGACGAUAAUUACCUUUAAUGAUUACCAGAGAUCUUUCUUCUUGUAUGAAAGCUUCCGUGUGCUGUAUCUUAUUAAGUUAAUAAAUUAUUUAUUGGUGCCAUUUAUAAACAUUGUUUUAAUACGUACUAACUUAGAAAGUUAUAUGGUGUCAAUACUCGGUAUUAGCACAGUAUAA